UGAUAUGUGAUAGUGUAUUUAUCUGCGGACUUUGCAGCCUAGACAUAUAAACCCCGUAUUCUGCCUUCCUUAGAUGCGAAACCCUUGUGGCUCUCAAGAUUAGAGCUUUACGUGAAAAUUCGCUAUUCUGUUCGUUUGCCUUUACUUAGAAUCUUGCAUUUGAAUUCCCUCAAUUUCUUGAAACCCACGCAUUUUGCUCGGUUUCUGCAUUUACGAAUGAACGUGGCGAUGAAUUUUAUGAUGAAAUUGAAGAUGAUAUGAGAGGAAUUCAAGCAGAGUUUAAAACAUUGCGCAAGUUGGUCAGAGCCCGUAUCCAUAGAACUGCGGUUGUGGUUCCAUUCGAAGUUUUUAGCAAUGUUGAGUUUCUGCACAUAGAUUGGAUAAGAAGUAUUCAUCACGAAGCCUACGUUCCUGAAUUUCAAAAUUUAACUCACAUUGAAUUUGGCUAUUUGGAUUUGGAACGUGCCUGCGAGCGGCUUAAGUUGUUAAAAGUACUUGAGCAGUGUCCCAAGAUUGAAAUUGCUGUCAUUGAUCAGGAAUUAUGCGCUGAUGAUGAGGGGGCAGAAGACUGGUCGUAUCCACAAUCUGUCCCUGGCUGCAUUUCAUUGCAGCUUAAAAAAUGCCGUCUUACCAAUUAUGUAGGCUCAAAUGACGAGUUUCAAUUUGCAAGAAAUAUUAUGCAGAAUGCAAGUCAUUUGCAGACCAUGACCAUCUGCACUAACACUAGUUCAAAUGAAGCGGAGAAGCGUAUAAUGAUAGAAAUUAUAUCCUUAUGCACAAGGGAUCUGCAACUUGUAAACUUUCAUUUGAAUAGUUUAGAUUUGAGCGGUUGCAAAUAGUUCCUUAUUGUCCAUGUUUACAUUAGUAACCUCUAGGAUAUUGACGUAAAGUCACCCGGUUUCAGGGUAAAUUAUAAAUUAAUGUCUAUAAUGUUUGUCA